AUGUCAAAAGAUACAUUGUGAAGCAUAAGGCGAAACUGGUUGUGAAGGGGUAUUAUCAAAGGCAAGGAAUCGACUAUGAUGAGGUAUUUGCUCCUGCGGUCCGAUUUGAAUUUAUUCGUGCUCUUAAUACCAUUGCAGCUCCAUAAGGAAUGGUUGUUGCAUCAUUUCGACGUAAAGUCUGCCUUUCUGAAUGGAGAGGUAGAGGAGGAGUUAUAUGUCAAGCAAUCGAAAGGUUUUGUUGUAAAGGACAGAGAGAACUUUAUUUUGAAGCUGAGAAAGCCCUUUAUGGACUUAAGCAAGCUUCACAAAUACCUAGUCUCACUCGGAUUCUCAAGAAGUAAAAAUGAGCAAGCAGUUUAUUUGAAGUGGUCUGAUAAAUCACACUUGAUUAUUAGAGUCUAUGUGGAUGAUCUACUAGUCAUAGGUGAAAAAGACAGUGAAAUUAACGAGUUCAAAGAUUAAAUGAUGCAAUUUUUGAGAUGAGUGAUCUCAGACAACUUUGCUCUUAUUUGGACAUUGAAAUGGCGCAAGGAGGAGCUAGAAUCACCCUGUCACAAAGAGCCUAUGCACUGAAUAUACUGGAUCUUGCAAGGAUGAGGGAGUGCAAUCUAGUUCACGGUCCUCUUGAAGCAAGAGUCAAACUCAGUCAACAAAAUUCAGGAUCUUCAAUUGACUCUACUUACUUCUGAAGUCUCAUCGGAAGCUUAAGGUACUUGACUCACUUGCCCUGAUCUGACUUUCUCCGUGGGAUUACUGAGCAGGUUUAUGGAGCAUCCGACUUCAGAACACCUCCCAGCGAUCAAGCACAUUCUAAGGUACGUAAAAGGUACAAUUGAUUAUGGAUUAGUCAAUGAGAAAGGUCAGACCAAAGUAAAUUUAGUCGACUAUAGUGAUAGCGACUUUGCUGGAGAUGUGGAUGACCGAGAGAGUACCUCAAGGCAAGCUUUCUUCCUCGGUGAAAUGUUGAUCUGUUGGGCCUCUCAGAAGUAGAAGACAGUGGCUUUAUCCUCGUGUGAGGCGGAGUAUAUUGCUGCCACUGCUGCCGCAUGUCAGGGUGUGUGGCUAAAUCGUCCAUCAGCGAAUUAAGAGGAGAAGAAGAGAGGACAAUAAAAUUGCUUGUGGAUAACAAAUCUGCCAUCAUCCUAAGCAAGAAUCUAGUGCAUCAUAAUCGUACGAAGCACCUUGAUACAAGAUAUCACUUUAUUCGUCAGUGUGUGGAGGAGAAGAAGAUCACGUUGGAUUAUGUGAAGACGGAGGACCAGCUGGCCGAUAUCCUCACAAAAUCACUCGGAAGGCAGAAAUUCAUGGAGAUGAGAUGGCAGAUGGGUGUUCGGAACAUUCGCACGGAGGAGCAGGAGCAAGGAGGAGAUUGA